CCCACCCGAAGCACAGGGGGACUACAGCUCCCAUCGCUCCCCCUCGGCCGCAGCCUUGGCCGCAGCCCUCAAGCCAAGCGAGCGACUGCGGCGUUUCCCGGGUCCGCCCCGCGCUCGGCCUGCCUUAACGAGGCAGGAAGGAAACGUCCGAACAGCCGGUCCGCUCAGCGGCCGCGUCUCCGCUUUCAGCCGGAUCCGCUUCCAGGCUUUGGCGCGGCGCCAUCCGGCCUCUGACCUCCUCGCACCGGCUUCCCGUUAGAGCCGCCUCCGGCCCAGGAAGGCUCCGGCUCUUCCCCGAGAUGCGCCUGGACGGCUAGAGCCGGCCGAGGGGCUCCUUCGCGGGAAGCGCCGCCGUCGCCCGCCCGCCCGCCCGAGAGCCCUUCCCGGAGGCGCGGCGGGUCCGGAUGCUGAGCCGCUCCCUGCGCUCCCUCCUGCUGCCGGGCGACGGCGAGGGCGAGGCGGCGGUGACGCUCCGAGCCGUCCGCAGCCGCAGCCCCGAUGCCCAGGAGCGGCGACAGCCGGACGCGGAGCCGGCCCCGCUGACGUCGUGGGAGGAGGCGGAGGAGGGCGCCGUCUACACCGUGAGCGCGCGGGGGCCGGAGGGGUCCGGCGGAGGCGCCGGCUGCGGGGUCGAGGGGGCGGCCGGCGUAGCGGAGCCGUCCGAGGGCGACGCGGGAUCUUCCUUUCCUGCCGCCGCCGCCGCGCAGUCCCGGGCGCUGAAGGCCGGCUCGCUGCCCCGCCUGGUGCGGCACCUGCUGGAGGGCCCGGCUCUCGGGGACGCGGGCUACCGGCCGGCCUUCCUGGCCACCUACCGCAGCUUCGCCCGACCGGCCGUGGUUCUGGGGCUCCUCCUGGAGAGGCUCCAGGCAGUGACCGGAUCCAAUGCUCGCAGCCCCCAAAAGAUGGAGGAGCUGCAGCGAGCCCUGGCUUCGCUGCUCUGCUCCUGGCUGGACGGCUACCCCCAAGACUUUAUGGGGCUGGAGCCCCACCUGCGGGAACAGCUGGUGAGCUGGCUGCACUGGGCCUGGGGAAGAAGCCCAGGGCCCGAGAAGAGCCUGCCAGAUGUCCCGAGCAGGAGGGACCCUCCGGUGGCUGAGCGUGGAGGAGAGGAGGGCACCGGCCAAGAUGGGGACCCCGAUCCCCACUACAUCCUGGGGCUGCAGGCGGAAGAAGUGGCCGCGCACCUCACUGCACAGGACGGGGACCUCUUCCUGCGCCUGGUGCCCCACGAGUGCCUCGGCUCCGCCUGGUCUCAGCGCGACAAGAAGGGCCAUGAGGGGGACUGCCCCACCGUCCGGGCAACCGUGGCCCAGUUUAACCUUGUGGCCAAUGCUGUGAUCUUUUCCUGCCUGUGGGACACGGGGCUGCGUGCCACCCAGCGGGCCCGGCUGCUGGAGAAGUGGAUCUGCGUGGCCGAGGAGUGUCUCCUCCUGCGCAACUUCUCCUCGCUCUACGCCGUGGUCUCCGCCCUGCAGUCCACAUCUUUGCACCGGCUGAAGCGGACCUGGGAGGAGACCUCCAGGGAGUCUGCCCGUUGCUACGAGGAGCUCAGCACCAUUUGCUCGGAGCAGGAUAACUACAGCCAAAGCCGGCAGCUCCUCUUCCAGGAAGGUGGGCCUGGAACAGCAACCGGAGGGGCCGAGCUGCCCCAUCGCAAGCAUCAGCGGAGGCUGCUGGAACAACAACGCCCAUUGGGUGUGAUCCCCUACCUGGGCACCUUCCUGAAGGACCUGGUGAUGCUGGAUGCGGCCACUCCCACCCGCCUGCAGACCAGCGGCUACAUCAACUUUGAGAAGCACCGGAAGGAGUUUGAGAUCCUCACCCGGCUGCGCCUCCUGCAGGCCAAAUGCCGCAACUACGCCUUGGCCCCCGACCGGGCCCUCCAGCGAUGGCUGCGGUGCCUGCCCCCCCUCAGCGAGACCCAGAGUUACCAGCUGUCCUGCGCCAUUGAGGCCCCCAGCGAGGGAGGGGCUCCCCCCAAGCCCAGCAAGCCCACCUUGGUGAUCACGCGCUGCACAGACCUGAUCACCUUGCUGGGAGUGAGUGCCCCACUGCCCUGGGACAGAACUGGCUCCCCCCACGUCUCGCCCAACCUGCUGGGCCCAUCGGCUGCCUCCCCCACCGCCCUGGGGGCCCCCCAACCAGUCCAGGGCAAGUGGCCCUCCGUCUCGGCCUUGGACACGUCGCCCCCGUCCUCCCCCGGGGACGGCCUGGCCCCCCUCCCCGCCACAGGGGGUGGCUUCAUCAAGGGCCACCGGCGCUCGGCCUCCUGCGGCUCCGUCUACCCCCAGGCCCCCGACAAGGGGGGCGCCUCCCCGUCAGACUGCUGCAUCAUCCGGGUCAGCAUGGCGCUGCAGAACGGCACCCUCUACAAGAGCAUCCUGGUAACAAGCCAGGAUAAGGCCCCUACGGUGGUGGCAAAAGUGCUGGAGAAACACAACCAGGACCAGAAUCUGGCACACAACUACGAGCUGGUGCAGUUGUUGCCGGAUGGCCGAGAGCUGGUCUUCCCCCCCAUGGCAAACGUCUUCUACGCCAGGAACGGCUUCAGCCUGGACUUCCUGCUCCGGCCCAAGGGGCCACCGAGGAAGACCCCCCCUCCAACCCCCCCACCCAGGAAUCCCCGAGCCAGGGAGACGGACAUCAGCGCCACCUUCCCGAAGAUCAAGGCCACCGGCCGCAGGAUCGCCAGGGCCCUUUUCUGAGCGGGAGGAGCUCUGCAGUGGGGAGGGGCCCACACACGGCUCUGUUGGGGACCCCCAGGUCAAGACUGGGACCUCCACCCAGGAGGAGAAGAAGUAGAGGGGGGGGCUCAGCAGCCCCCCGAGUCUCCGCUGCCCAGAGGACCCGAAGGCAGGAAGGACUGUGAGGCAGCCGUGGGGCUGAGUCCUGGCAAAGGCCCCUCAGGUGGUCUCAGGUGAUUGAAGGGCCUUUCAUGGCUGCCUCUUUAAGGAGAGUCUCGUGUGUGUGUGUGUGUGUGUGUGUGUGUGCACGCCCACCUGCAUGCCUGUUCAGCAGAGUCUUUGCUGAGAUACGAAUAUGGGGAGGGGGGGGCUGAGUUUGCCCCUCCCCCCCAUCCCCCUUGGUGGCUUCUCUGCCCUCCCAGCGUCUCUCAAACGACCCAUUUUCUGGUCCUCCUUCCCAGAGUGAUGGGAGUUGUGUUGUCUUUUUUGGGGGGGGGGCUCAUAAAGGUUGCGGGAGAAGCUGCUGACCAGGCUGGGUCACCUCUCAAGAGCGGGGGAUCUCAGGCUGGCUGAAGAUCCCUCGAUCCUCUGGGGUCUUCCUGGAUCUAGUGGCCUUGGCUAAGGGCAAGAGGGAUUUCAGCUGGAGGGUCGCAGCCGUUGCUGUGAGUGGGGUGUGUGUGGUCUCAGCUGGUUGGGGGGUCUGGAGCAACAGCCCAGCCUGGGCAAGACUAGAUGGCCUCUACCUCCUCCCUCAAAAGAAAGAGAGGAAUCCGGGGAGCCUCAGCAGGAGAAGGUCCAGCCAUGAGUCUUCUCACCAACCUGCCAGGUUUAGUGAGCCUUUCAAAGAUUGCAGAAAAAAACAGAAAUUCAUCAGCUACAGAAAAACCAAAAUCCGUUUGCACCGGAUAACCGGAUCACGAGUGCUGU